UUUAGUUGUACAUGCGAUUUGCGGCGAAAUUUCAUCAGAUUUAAAAUUUUUAUUUAUAAAAAAAAAAUAGAAAAUAAAGUUUUUACUUUAAAUAAGAAAAGAAUAGAGAAAAAUGUCUUGGUUGUUCGGAUAUAAAAGUCAAAGUAACCUGCCAACUCCAUCACAAGAAGAUACUAAUACUUCCAAUGGACAACCCACAGGAGACCAAAACUGGACAAAAGCUGAAAAAAAAGCAAUGGAAGCUUACAGAUUUGAUUCAUCGGCAUUAGAAAGGGCUGCUGCAGCCGCCAAAGAAUUGGAGAGAUCAAAGAAUGCUAAAGAAGCACUGGAAUUAUCGAAACUUCAAGAGCAGACAAGGCAGGCAGAAUUUCUUUCCAAAGCUAAGGAAUAUGAAGCUGCCAUGGAACAAGCAAAGGUGGAACAAAAACGUAUUGAUCACGAAGAGCGAAGAAAAACAUUGGCAGAAGAAACAAAACAACAAGCACAACGGGCCCAAUAUCAAGAUCAACUUGCUCGAAAGCGUUAUGAGGAUCAGCUGAUUCAGCAACAAAGGUCCCAAGACGAAAAUCUCAAAAGACAAGAAGAGAGUGUUGCGAAACAGGAGGCAAUGCGCCGUGCCACGCUAGAACACGAAAUGGAGCUCCGAGAAAAAAACAAAAUGAAACUGUUAGAGGCCGAAUAUCGUGCAAAAGCAAAGGUUGAUCGUGAAAAUAGGGAUAUUACACUUGAACAAAUAAGGCUCAAAGCACAAGAGUCCAGAAUAACUCUCCUAGAAGGCAUCAAAACAGCCGGCAGUGUAGUUGGAGCUGGUGCUCAAGCAAUGUUAACAGACUGGCAAAAGGUUGUAACAGCGGCUGGAGGUUUAUCACUCUUAGCGUUGGGAAUUUAUUCGGCAAAAGGAGCGACUGGGGUUACUGCGCGAUACAUAGAAGCUAGAAUAGGUAAACCAAGUCUUGUUAAUGAGACUUCUCGUUUUUCAUUGCUAGAAGCUGUAAGACAUCCUAUUAAAAUUUACAAACGAUAUACAUCAAAACCAACGGAUGCUUUACAAGGUGUUGUAUUGAAACCAAAACUUGAAGAACGAUUACGAGAUGUUGCCAUUGCUACGAAAAAUACCAAACGUAAUCAUGGAUAUUUCCGCAACGUUUUAAUGUAUGGUCCACCAGGUACUGGUAAAACAAUGUUUGUCAAACGGUUAGCCCAACAUUCAGGCAUGGAUUAUGCUAUAAUGACUGGUGGUGAUGUUGGCCCUAUGGGUCGUGAUGCUGUUACGGCUAUUCACAAAGUUUUUGAUUGGGCUCAAACAAGCCGAAAGGGUUUGUUAUUAUUCAUCGACGAAGCAGACGCAUUUUUGCGUAAACGCUCUUCGGAAAGGAUCUCAGAAGACAUGAGGUCUGCACUCAACGCUUUUUUGUACCGUACUGGUGAACAAAAUCCAAAGUUUAUGUUAGUUUUAGCAAGUAAUACGCCUGAACAAUUCGAUUAUGCAAUUAAUGAUCGGUUAGAUGAAAUGGUGGAGUUUACAUUACCUGGACAAGAGGAACGCGAAAGAUUAAUGCGACUUUAUUUUGACAAGUUUGUACUUCAACCGGCUGCAGAAGGAAGAAAACGAUUCAAAGUUGAACAAUGGGAUUACUCAGCUUGUUGUACGAAAAUGGCCAAAAUGUGUGAGGGAAUGUCAGGACGUGAAAUAUCAAAAUUGGGUGUCUCAUGGCAAGCAGCUGUCUAUGCAUCCGAAGAUGGAGUUUUGACAGAAAAAAUGGUGUUAGAUAGAUGCGAAGCAGCUGUUUCGCAACACAAACAGAAGAUGGCUUGGUUAUCAGAACAGGAAAAGCAAGACCACAAGACCAUUUCUGGAAAAACGUUCGUACUAUAAUAAAGGGUUCAAAUGGCAAAAAGAGCAUUUCUGUCGAUUUUUUUUUUGUUGCCAACUUAUUAAAAAUUACUACACACAAACCGUUUAAAGAUAUACUUGAAGACAUGUUAUCAAUAAUGAAAUUGGUAUAGCGUGCCCAUUCGAUUAAACACUCCAGUUUAAUGAUUGACGUUGAUUGAUUUGGAAAACUUUAAUAGAAAAUAGAUAAAUAAAAAUUAAUAGAAUAUUUCAUGGCAAUUUU